CUCCUGGACGUCAUAAAAGCGCCGCAGAAGCAGCGGAGUGGGUGUUGGAGAAGUUCCUCGCUGCAGUCAUGUACCUGUACCUGCUGGGGCUGGUGGUCGUCUACUACCUGUACCGCUGGCUCCGGGAGCUGCCCAGGGUCCCCGACAAAGGGGGCAAGUACGUGUACAUCACGGGCUGCGACUCGGGCUUCGGCAACCUGCUGGCCCGCCACCUGGACAAGCAGGGCUUCAGGGUGAUCGCCUCGUGCUUCUCCGAGAAGGGCGAGGAGGAUCUGAGGAAGUCCUGCUCCAGCAACCUGCUCACGACCCACCUGGAUGUCAUGUCUCAGGACAGCGUCGCCAAGGUCGCGGCGAUGGUCAAGGACAAAGUUGGCGAGCGCGGUUUGUGGGCUGUGGUGAACAAUGCAGGCGUGUCCAUUCCCUCUGCCAACUGUGAUUGGCUGACCAUCGACGACUACAAGUCAAUGCUGGACGUGAACCUGAACGGGGUGAUCGCCGUGACCCUGAGCGUCCUCCCGCUCAUCAAGAAGGCCAGAGGACGGGUGGUCAACGUGGCCAGUGUGUUUGGACGGGUGUCCGUCACCGGAGGCCCGUACUGCGUCUCGAAGUUCGGGGUGGAGGCUUUCAACGACAGCCUCAGGCUGAACAUGUCGCAGUUCGGUGUCAAAGUCCUCUGCAUUGAACCGGGCUUCUUCAAAACAAACGUGACCAACUGUGCUAUCCUGACGAAAAACAUCCAGAUGCUGUGGGACAGACUUCCGCAGGAGGUCAGAGACGAUUACGGACCUGAAUACCUCCCAAAGACAUUUGAAGUGCUGGCGAAAAAAGUGCCGAUGCUGAGCGACGGGGAUCUGAUGAAGGUGGUCAGCUGCAUGGAGCACGCCGUGUCCGCCGUCCGGCCGCGCACCCGCUACUCGCCAGGCUGGGACGCCAAGCUCUUCUGGCUGCCGAUGUCGUACAUGCCAACCUGCAUCGCUGAUUACAUAUUUUUGAAACAAGCCAUUCCUAUUGCCAAGAAGAUCUAAUGAGUUUGGUCUUUUUUUUGUCAGUUAAACAGGCGUAAAUGUAGUUUUUGUAUCAUGAGAACACUUCUGUCUUUGUCUUUUUAUCUGCUGCUGAAGUGCAGAUGUCCUUAUGUACAGGCAGAGACUUUGUUCAGGUUUUAUCUCCAGUCUGUAAAAGGGCCAUAAGAAAACAUUCUUACCAAGUUCACCUGUCACAGGUUGUUCUCCUGGCUCCAUUACUACAAAUCCGCCUUGAAGUAGAAACUGAAUAAUUGAUAGUAAAGAUUAAUGUGCAGCCCCGACCCACAAAUGUGUGAAUCCCUGAGUCGUCCUCGUCAUGAGGUUGGUUUACCUGAUGGCGUGUAAGAAUAAAGUCAAUGUGAAAUGAA